AUGGCUCAUUCUACGUGCGCAAUCCAAAACAGGAGGAGGAUUGUUGCUUGGGGGUGGGGUGAAGACAUGGAUAUAAUACAGGCAAAGCCAUUCCCUCCACCUUUGGAAGAAGCUGCGGACACGACUGCCUGGAGACUUGGACGGCCCGAGAGGAACGCGGAGGCCCAUCCAGAUCAAGUGCACUGUACAGUGGCGGCAGCGAUCGUCUGUUGCAAGAUCGCUCGCAAGGCGGAGCAGAAGUCGCAUCUUCGUGUCAACGGUGUACGGGGCUGGGUAGAAGGAUGGAUGGAUGGUAUCGCGUUGCCAUUCCAGAGAUGUUUCAAGUUCGAGCGCAUGCUGGACAUCUGGAAGGGGUGGAAGAGGUGGAAGGGGUUUGUCACGCCUGGGACUAGGAGGGUGGGAAUGAGUGUGGGAAUUGGUUUGAACUUGGACGCGAGGUUUCUGCGGAUAGUGCGCACCGUCGGGGCGGAUACUGGCGGCGUUUUUUGUAGGGUAGGGAUGAGUGGAGGGCACCAUAAUCGACGACAGGCUAGCCCAGCGGCUGAAACGGCGGCGGCUGUCCGGCACACCAUUCCAUCCGUCGGUGCCGAUGAUUCUUUGACAGAUGCCGAGGCUGCUGCCGAUUGCUCAAGGCAUCUUGAAUGUGGUGUGAGCUGUUGCUCGCAAUGGCGCGGAGGGCUUGGAUUGGUGGACAACAAGGUGCAUACACUGAUCCGUUGUAACUCGACCGACAGACACAAUGCAACAGCAUACACAAUGACUGAACUCAAGGCUACAAGACCAAGGCACAGAUUGGCUGCGCUUGGUUCGAUGGAGGUGGAGGGCGAGGUAGAUGGGGGUGCGGGGAAUCUAGAGGCAUCCGGCGUUCGCAACACCAUCACAACGCGCAAACAUGUAUUUGAGAGAAUCACCUGCCAAAUGUAUAAGAACGCUUCAAGAGUGGAGGAAGAUUCUCAGAGGCCUUGGUAA